AAAACACAUUCACUUUUCACUUCUCAUUACAGUUUGCAUUGCAUUUGAUUUUGUACUGAAUUUUCCACCAAAACAUCAAUCAAAUCCAUUGACCUUUCGAUUCAAUUGCAUAUAUUGUAUACAAAAGCGUUUACUCCGGAAGAAUAUGUUUAAUGCUUUGGCCCGAAGAGUGGUUCAAGACUUGAGACAAUCGCCGGCUAAGCGUUUAUAUCACGAAAAGGUUAUCGAUCACUACGAGAACCCGCGAAACGUCGGCUCUUUCGAGAAGGGCGAGGAGCGGGUGGGCACAGGUCUGGUCGGCGCCCCCGCCUGUGGCGAUGUCAUGAAAUUGCAGAUCAAAGUGGACACAAACGGCAAGAUAGUCGACGCCCGGUUCAAGACGUUUGGCUGCGGUUCGGCCAUCGCUUCCAGUUCUUUGGCCACCGAAUGGGUUAAAGGGAAGACAGUGGAGGAAGCGCUGAAGAUCAAGAACACGAUCAUCGCUAAGGAGCUGUGUCUGCCGCCCGUGAAGUUGCACUGCUCUAUGUUGGCCGAAGACGCCAUCAAAGCCGCGCUCAACGACUAUAAAGUCAAGCAGAGCUCUAUCGACAGCGCCAAAGACCAGGAGAUCUCCGCCGAACGCGUGUCAGUCCAGUAA